AUUCAAGCAUAAAGUUAUAGACUUUAGGAAAACAUUCCCCUCUAGGCAUUGGUGUCCACCGAUUGCUACCAACUUCCCUCAAUCUUUUGGAAGAAAUCUAUAUACAAUUUCCUCUUUGAAAAACCCCAAAAUCCAAAAGUUCGUCAGACAAUCUACAAAUCGCAUAGAAUCUCUGUUGAGAAUCGUGUUCUUUAGUAGUGUUGAUGCAAUUCCAUGUGCCGUCGUUGAUGGUUGUGAUGUGAUUUUUGUUUCCGGAAUUUGAGUUUUAGGCGACCGAGUCGAGUGGAAAGAGGGUAUAAGUAUGAGUCGGCCGGCGGUGCAUCCGGUUGAGCCGCCGCCUUUGAUUGACGGAAGAAACGAUGCAGCGCCGCCUCGAAGAGUGAGGAUGAAAGACGUGCAAGGCAUGCCUGGUACGUCAACUGGACUCGCCCUCCGUCUCUGUCAGUUCGUCUUCACCGUCAUUUCUCUCGCCGUCAUGGCUUCUACCUCCGAUUUUCCUUCCGUCACCGCCUUCCGAUACCUUGUUGCUGCUGUUGGGUUGCAAAGUUUAUGGAGCUUUACACUAGCCUUGAUUGAUAUUUAUGCUCUUUGUGUCAAAAGAAGCUUGAGAAACCCUGCAGUUAUUACUGCAUACACCAUUGGAGAUGGGGUUACAUCAACUAUUACUUUUGCUGCUGCAUGUGCAUGUGCUGGAAUCACAGUUCUUAUCAGCAGUGAUCUUAAUAGAUGUGACAUAAACCAUUGCAAAAGGUUCAUGUCUGCAACAGCUAUGGCUUUUAUAAGCUGGUUUGCUGUUUCUCCAUCUUUUUUCUUGAACUUUUGGUCUUUAGCAUCAUCAUGAGGAGUAAAAGCAGCUAUGCUCGCUAAUUUCUGUUUUCAUUUGUGAAGAUUUUAAUUUUUUAUUAAAUGCAAUCUAUUUGAGGUUGUAGGUACAAAAUUUUGCUUGCUAUUUGGAAGUUAAUUAGUGUUUUUGACACUUUUGAUGUCAAGUUUUGGGUAUUUGUGUCUUGGGUUUAAAUUGGAAGAUUAGCUUCUAUAA